AAUAGUGAUUUACAAUAGGAGAAUUACAUAUGUUAGCACGUGAUGCGGAAAGGUAUGCUUUAGCCUUCAUAAAGAAAUUUGGUAGUAGUAAUAAAAUUCAGUAUUUUUUACCACUUGUAUUCAAUUCAACACAAGCAAUACAAAAGGGUUGGAAUGAAGAACAUUUUGAUAGACUAUAUGAACAGUUUAUUGCUCAACAAGCUAGACAGCCUAGACAAAACAAUACAUAUCAUUUUCAACCAAAUACUGGUCCCCAAGCAAAUACAGAGCAACCACAAACCAUCCGUAUAGAACAUGUGCAAGUCAAUACACAUUCGGAUUUUUGGGAUUGUUUACUAUUGCAAUGUUGGUUUAACUCUUUAUUUGGUGGACGCGGUCAUACCACUAAUAACAUAACUAACUUCAAUUAUGGUAAUGGUGGUAACAAUAGUACCAAUCAUACAGAUAAGAAAAAAGAAGCGGAUGAUGGUAGAAAACUGUUAGCUGCAGGUAUAGUAGUUGUGGUUGUGGUCGCUAUCUUUCACAUUUCAAUAUGUUAUCAGUACCACAGUAGCAAAAAAACGGCAAGAAAGUCAGGGAAAAUAGAUUAUUUAGAUAACAGGCUGAAGACACUUAGAAAUAUAGAAUUUCUAGGUUCUGCUGCUUCUUUGGCCGGUUUAAUAGCUUGUGUUGUCUAUCCAGUUUUACCAACUUGGGGUUUAGUUGCUCUCGGCAUUCAUUCUUUGGUAUGUUUUAUGGGUGGCUUAGCUUUUCAUAUGAAACAUGAAAGAGAAGCAGAUGAUAUUAAGUUAGCCAAAAGCACAGUAGCAAGUUAUCUUAACCAAGCACCAUCAGCACCUGACCCAAAUGAUUUUCCUUAUUAUGGCCCACCACCUCCUUAUUCUGAUCCUGGAUUUAAUUCAAAUGUCUUUCCUCCUAACAGCCAAUUCAACGAUGUUGGUGUUCCAGUGGGGCAACAACCAAGUAAAGUUCUGUAAACAUCAAAUGCACCUAAAUACUGGUAAUUUAUGCAGUUACCA